AUGGGUCUGGAAAGGCUCGGUGGAAAAAAUAGGGACGAUUUGCCUCUGUUCGUUAGAGCAAACAGCCCUCCACAACAACCGUUUUCUACGGAAGAUCAGGACGAUUCACUAGUACAAACAAGUUUACCUGCACCAGCAAUAGGAAUUCCACCCUCCACCGCUCUUCCUACGAAUUCAACGACUAACUCGGAACACGUGUCCACUGCCGUGCCCCUAGAGGGUUUGUCGACAUUUGCGAAGAUUCGUUCCCUGCAAAGCCGAAUUGGAAAGUCCAAAACAAGAAACGAUGGAUCUCUGCCCCUUAUUAAUGACACUAAAGUGCGGUCGGGUCAUGCGACCUACGUUGAAGGCCUCCUGAGUCGGACUGAGAACCCUCCAAGUCAUCCACGGACUGCUCAAAAUGAUGAUGGUGAUGACAGUCUCGGUGACGGAGAGGAUGCCGAAUAUAAGAGAAAAAAGCGGCAUUUUGAAAACCUAAAGAGAAAGAACGGAGGGUCCCUCACGUUUGUGCAGGAUCUUGAAUGGACGAAGGUGCAAAAGGAUGAAACAAUUCGCAGGAAUAGGUUGGCAAUGCAACUACUCAGGGAUCAAGAUGAGAACGGUGGUCAUACAGCUUCAAGUCUUCCGGGCGAUGAUGAUGAGAUAGGUCCCAAUAGCGACGCAGAAGACUUCAACUAUGGUGACGACGGUACCCUGCGCCAAAGGCAAACUCCAAGCCUGUCUCAGAGGGAUCACAAGUUGCAGAGUUUGCAAGAUGCUGAGAUACUGAGUAUGCGAGUCGCCCUAGAGGCCAGCGGAGACCUACCGAAGAAAAAGAGGAAAAAUGAGGAAGGUCAACCAGAUAAAAACGGACGCACCGCGGGCAAGACAAAGGGCAAGAGCAGAGUUCAGAAGUCUACUUCCAGAAAUUCGAAAGCUGCGACCAACCAGAAGAAGGGUCCCAAGGGUCCGCGGAUGACGGUAAAGCAGAAGCGUGCCCAUCAAGACGCUCUACGCCAAGUGAGUUCACUCUUCUCUGGAGAUGUCUUCAGAGAUCAAGCUGCUCAGGACGCUGCGGAUCAACCUACGUUCACAUCAAGAAACAAAAACCAUGCCUUGAAAGAGCUGAUUGCGAGUGUCCCCAUCGAUAAUCAGAAAGAAGCGAAAGGGGACAUGAACACUCUUUUGGCGGCAACCAAAGACUUUGAUGGUCACGGAAGUGUGAAAUCGGACGGCACCGGUUUAUGGCUUGUGAAAGGGAUGAAAACCUCACUCAAACCUUAUCAAAUUUUGGGAACUGCUUUCAUGAGACGGCGUGAACAUGAGCCACAGGAUCCUCGUGGUGGACUCAUGGCAGACCAAAUGGGUCUAGGCAAGACUCUUAUGAUGCUUGCCAAUAUUGUCAACGGCAGACCACCCUCAGGCCAUCGCAAGACAACGCUCAUUGUUGCCAGCCCGAGUCUACUCACGCAAUGGGCCAAUGAAAUCGCAACACACAGCAAUUGCAACUUGAAGGUUAUGAGAUACGGUUCCGGCAAUCGCCUCGAAUCCAAUGAUAGUUUGAGCAUCUUGGGCGGAGUUGACAUCGUUCUCACCACGUACACUGAGGUCAUGAAUUCAUACCCGAAGCAUGACCCACCCGUUAGCUGUCAGACAGUGGAACAAAAGGAGUUAUGGUGGCGAAAGACCUUUGAAAGAUAUCGAGGGAUCUUACAUAAGAUGCAGUUCUACCGUGUCGUACUUGAUGAAGCCCAGGCCAUCAAAAACCAUGCCACCAGAACCUCAAUUGCGUGUCGUGCUAUCAUGGCAGAUAUGCGUUGGUGUAUCACAGGGACACCAAUUCAGAACAAUCUCAAGGAAUUGUAUCCUUACUUCAAAUUUCUCAACGUCCCGCAUACCGGAAGCUUCCACAUAUUCAAGUCCAACUAUUGCGACCCAAAGGAUGCGACACAUACACAACGACUUCUAGUUCAACUCAACCAGUUCAUGAUCAGGAGGACCCAUAAGGAUAUCAUGUUCGGGGCGCCUAUCCUUAAAUUGCCAAAAGCUGAUCACACGACACACUGGUGCGAAUUCAACAUGGUCGAGCGAAAUAUCUACGCAAUCGUAAGCAAGCGUUUCGCAGAGAGAAUCAACUCAAUGGCUGUGGCUGGUACACUGGAGAAGUCAUACAGCAACAUUCUAGUCAUGCUUCUCCGUCUACGCCAGCUAACCGCGCACGUUCUAAUGCUGCAAUAUGUCAUGAAGGAUCUUCUUGAGCGUGAAGACAUCGAAAAGAUCCGCGAUGUGGUCAAGAAUCAUGCUAAAGACGGCUCAUCGGCGAAGACGAUCACUGCACUUAGGGCGCAACUCGAUCACCAUGCGAAACUGGAAAUUAAACGCACUGCUAAAUUAGAGCAGCAGAGAGCAAGGGCCCUGAAGAAGGGCGUGGAUCCCGAUAUGCAGCCACCAAAACUGGUUGAUCAUGAUGUGGAAGAACCACAUUUACACACCGCCGACGACGAUGCGCUAUCCGAAGACCACGAGCCCCUUGGAUCCGGAUCUGGAGGGACAUUUGGAAAAAGCUACAAAUUUGAGCCUUACCUCAAAACCCUCACGUCAGGUGAAGGCUGGGAAAACGCCAGAAAGAAGAGCCGGUGCUGUGUAUGUUACGAUAAACCGGUAGCUCCAUGGAUCACAUCGUGCCAUCACAUCUAUUGUCAAGCCUGCUACGAGAGCGCAACAAUACAGGCAGCAGAACAAGGGCAUGAGAGGAUUGUAGCAUGCCAUAAGUGCAAGAAUCCCUUCCAAUUUGCGCAUGCAUGUGACGCGGAUGGCGAGCCCGAGGACCCGUUUAUCUACGCCGCGCCAGCGACCAGGUCGAAGACGAAGGGCAAAAACGCCUCGAAAAAUAAUACUGUACGGCUGGAGCGCGAGAAUAUUGACAAGGACUGGCUUACAAUCAGUCCUGAUGGUGUUCUGCCGUCUGCGAAGACCAUCGCUAUCAAGGCUCAAAUACUGAAUUGGCGAAAAGAGAAUCCAAGCGUCAAAAUCAUUAUAUAUACGCAGUUCCUAGCAAUGAUUCGAAUACUGAAGAAGAUCUGCGAGGAGGAGCAUUGGGGAUGUGAACAGUAUCACGGAGAGAUGACGUUCCAGUCCCGAGACAAGGCUAUCCAUAGCUUCGCAGAGGAAGAAGAUACCAACAUUUUACUUUCAUCACUUCGGUGUGGAGGCUUGGGAUUGAAUCUAACCAUGGCUUCGAGAGUCAUCGUAGUAGAUCCAUGGUGGAACAAUGCAGCCGAGCAGCAGGCAUUCUGCCGUAUAUACCGAAUCGGGCAACAGGAUACAACGUUCAUGACCCGGUUCUGUGUGAGAAAUACGGUGGACGAACGGAUCCUGGCCAUGCAGGAACGGAAGCAGAAGGAAAUCGACACAGUCAUGGAGGAUGGGGGACGAACAGUGAAAAAAUUGGACCUGGCUGCGCUCAUGCGUCUCUUUGGAACUGUGACCGAGGACAGCAAUGGCAGACCAUUCAUCUUGGUGGACAAUCCUCACUCUCGCGGAGGGUUCAGGGCAGACAACGACCAUGAAGGAUAUGCGGAUGACCUUUGA